GUCCCACCGGAAGCGAAUACGCGAACGGGGCUGCUGCUUCCAGUACACACACGUGAGAAACAAGCCAAAACAGACAGCAGAUACAAGAUGGACAUUACAGAGGUCUCAACAAGUCAGGACGGCAAAGGGAAGAAGGGCAAGAAAGCGAAGAAGAAGAGCGCGGAGGUUGAUGGGGAAGGCGGCGCGGGGGAGGAGAAGAAGAUGGUGAAGAGCGAGCUGGCUGUUGCCUUUCCUCCCGCCUUCAGUGUGUCAGAAAUCAAGAAUAAACAGCGGAGACACUUCAUGUUCAUGAAACUCAAGCAGGAGAAGAGAAAGGCACCACCAAAGGAGGUCCCCAAAACAAUAGAAAACCAGAGGGUGUAUGACGAGACAACAGUCGACCCAGAGGAUGAGGAGAUUGCUUUUGACGAGGGAACUGAUGAAUUCUCCGCCUACUUCAACGGGUUGACAAAUCCUAAAGUGCUCAUCACAACAUCAGACAGACCCAGAGGGAGGACGGUGAGGUUUUGCGAGCAGCUGGCCACAGUCAUCCCAAAUGCCCACGUGUACUACAGAAGAGGUUUGGCCCUGAAGAGGAUCAUACCGCAGUGCGUCGCCAGGGACUUCACCUAUCUCAUGGUCAUCAAUGAGGAUCGACAAGUGCCCAAUGGCAUGGUUCUCUGUCACUUACCUAACGGGCCGACUGCACACUUCAAAGUCAGCAGUGUUCGACUACGCAAGGAGAUGAAGGCAAGAUGAUAAAUCCAAACUCUUUUUCAAAAUGAUCCUACUUACCUAUACUAUAAACACGUGAAAAGGA